AUGGCUGGCAGCAGCGAAGUCUCGGCUACAGAGCCGCCGGGAUUAGAAACACAACUCCAAGAAAUCGAGGAUCUGCUUCAGAAACACGAGCUGCGGGUCGGGGACUGCUGGUAUCUGGUGGAAUUUCGGUGGUUUAACCUGUGGAAGGAGUAUGUGAGGAGUGGAGAUCAGAACUCCUCAUCUUUUCCUGGAAAAAUUGAUAAUGUACAACUUUUUGAUGAUUCCGACUCAUACCGGCUGAAAGAUAGACUUGUGGAGAAUGAGGACUUUGCACUGGUGCCAGCAGAAGCCUGGCGGAAGCUGCUGUGCUGGUUUGGUAUGGCUGAUGACCAGCCUGCCAUUAAGAGAAAGGUUGUUGACCUUCCCAGCACACUUAAAGUUGAGAUCUACCCUGUGGAAAUCUACCUCUGUCUGCACAACGAUAUGGAACAUGGAGUGAUGGCUCAGUUUAGCCGAACAGAUACAAUAGUGACCAUUCAGAAGGUGAUGCUAAAGGAUCUUGAUGUGCCUGAGGAUGCUGAACCCAGACUGUGGAUGAGAAGCCCUGAAAGCAACUGUGAGAGGCUACGAAACAUUCAUAUGACUGUACUAGAUGCCUGUCUUAUCACCGGCAUGACAGUGAUUAUGGAGCUGAGGAAUCCAGACGGCACUUGGCCCAGCUCUAGACCCCAAGUCAUGAGGAAUUCUUUGGAUGAUCAGGACAUGUAUUGUGGGCAGCCUGGAGUGUGUGGUCUGACGAACCUCGGCAACACCUGCUUCAUGAACUCUGCUCUACAGUGCCUGAGCAACACUCCGCCGCUGACUGAGUACUUCCUGCAGAACUUGUAUCUCAAAGAGCUGAACUUCACAAACCCUCUGGGUAUGAAGGGUGAGAUUGCAGAGGCUUACGCAGAUGUCAUCAAGCAGAUGUGGUCAGGGAGACACUAUACCGUGGUACCCCGUGUUUUUAAGACAAAAGUGGGCCAUUUUGCAUCUCAGUUCCUGGGCUACCAACAGCAUGACUCUCAGGAGCUCCUGUCUUUUCUGCUGGAUGGUCUGCAUGAGGACCUGAACCGUGUCAAGACCAAGGAGUACAUAGAGCUUCGGGACGCAAACGGCAGACCAGAUCAGGAGGUGGCGGAGGAGGCAUGGUGUAACCACAGGAGAAGGAACGACUCUGUGAUUGUAGACACAUUCCACGGGCUCUUUAAGUCCACACUGGUCUGUCCGGAGUGUGAGAAAGUGUCUGUGACUUUUGACCCUUUCUGCUACUUGAGUGUACCUCUGCCCAUCAGUAAGGAGAGAGUCAUGGAGGUGUUCUUUGUUUCUCUUAAUCCACUGGCCAAACCUGUACAGCACAGAGUGGUUGUGCCCAAAGCUGGCAAAGUAAUUGACUUGUGCGCUGCCCUCUCUCAAACAACAGAGGUUCCUACAGACAAGUUAUUGGUGGCAGAUGUGUUUAACCAUCGCUUCUACAAGAUCUAUCACAACGAUGAAUCUCUCAGCUUUAUAAUGGACAGAGACGACAUCUUCGUCUAUGAGCUGAGUAGUAGUACGAGUACCAGUAACAGCGGUGAGGAUCAGGAAGAGAAGAAUGCAUUGCUUGCUGUGUACAUGCGUGAACGCUCCCACUACAGGGUCUACAAUUCUGGGGGCAGCAGCUACAGCAUGUCACUGUUCGGCCAUCCGUUGCUGAUGGCACUUCCACAGACCGAGUGCAACACAGAGGAUCUCUACAAGCACUUUCUCCAGCGGUUAGCACGGUACGUUCGUCAGCCAGACCCAGCUGAGGAAGAGGAGGAGGAGGAGGUGGAGGAGGAUGAAGAAAAUGGUCUUGAAGAAAAUGAUGAAGAAAAGGAUGAAGAAAAGGAGUUAUACAGCAGUCAGCCUAAUGGACUAAGUGGAGAGGAUAAAGAAGAUGAGGAUAAAGAAGAAGCUGAGAAUUCAAGUCAGUGCAAAAAAGAAAAAGAUGCACAGGACGCCGCGCAAAGUAGCGGACAGAACAGCCAAUCAGAGGCGAGUCCUAAUGGUAAAGAGGAGAAAAAAGAGGAGGAGGAAAAGACGAAGGAGGAGAACGUGGAAGAGGAGAAACUUGAAGAAGAGGAGUCAGGCAGUGAACCCGACGAACCCGACGUCAGCGCAAAGGAGGGCCAAUCGGCAUCCAGCAGGACUGACACGAACUCCCAAGAUGCUGUUGAUGGUAAGCAGUGCGCAGAAGAGAGUUCUGGGAAGGAGGAUGAAGAGGAGGACAGAGAGGAUGAUGAGCCCGCCGCUCAGGUGAAUAAGAGGACGAUGACGAGUAAACAUCGCUGUGCUCAGAAGAGGAGGAAACCACUCUUCACCAUCCAGACUGUAAGCUCAAACGGUACCACAGAGCGAGGGAUGGGAGACGGAAGCAGCACGUUCUCUUCCUUCAGCUUAGAAGAUAAAGGGAUUUCAUUCUCUCCUUUUAUCUGUCUUCUCUAUGUGGCUGUUGACUGGGACCCUGACAUGAAAAAGAAAUAUUAUAAUGAGAAUGAGGCAGAGAAAUAUGAGAAGCACCAGAGCAUGGAGAUUCCACAGCAGCUGGCCACAGUGCAGCUACAAGAGUGUAUCGAGCUCUUCACCAAUGUAGAAACACUGGAAGAGGAAAAUCCCUGGUACUGCCCGACAUGUAAAAAGCACCAGCUUGCAACUAAGAAGCUAGAUCUGUGGUCUCUUCCAGAGGUUCUAAUUAUCCACUUGAAGCGCUUCUCCUAUACCAAGUACAAUCGUGAAAAACUUGACAUCAUUGUCGAAUUCCCUCUCAGAAACCUGGACUUCUCUGGUUGUCUCCUGAGAAAGACAGAGCCCCCUAGUAGAUACGACCUCAUCGCUGUGUCAAACCACUACGGCGGUCUCCGAGAUGGACACUAUACCAGCUUUGCCCAAAACAAGGACAACGGUCAGUGGUAUUACUUGGAUGACAGCAAGGUGACCUAUGCAAAAGAGGAACAAAUUGUGACCAAUGCUGCCUACCUUCUGUUCUACCAGCGCCAGGACAAGAUCCGCCAGCCGACCCAGGCUCCCCCUGAAAAUCAUGUUGCUUCCUCUUAUCAGGAUGGACAGAGUGGAGAUAUGGAGAUCGACUGAACUGCUUCACUCAUGUUUGUUUAACUGUACAUUUUGUUUUUGUUUUGUUUGUUUGUUUCCUUCC